UCAAUGCCAUACCAAACUGUUACUAUCCCCAAAUUAAGCUAAUGAGUACCAAACUACCCAAACAAAAAUCACUUGCAGAAAACCACACCACCAGGAGACAGCUCUCUUCAAUCACAGAGGCCAAGCACAGGCAUUCCCCACCAAUUCAGUAAUGGCCACCACCGUCCCAGUUUUUGCUUUGUUUCUAUCUCUUCUCAUUCUCCCAACCCUCCCAACCCUUUGUUCUUCACAAUCCGAUGCUGAUUCCCUUUCGAAGUUCAAGAAAUCAUUGAAAAAUGGCGAUUCCAAGUUGAAAAAUUGGGUUCCAGGUUCAUCACCUUGUAGGAAAAAAUGGAUUGGUGUUAUGUGUGAUGGGGAAACCAUAAUUGGUCUUCAUUUAACGAGUUUGGGUCUUUCUGGUUCGGUUGAUGUUGAAUCUUUGCUUAAACUUCGUAGUUUAAGGACCAUUAGUUUGGUGAAGAACAUGUUUGAAGGAUCGAUCCCAGAGUUGAAUAAACUCGGUGCUUUAAGAGCUAUUUAUUUAUCGAACAAUCAAUUCACCGGUGAGAUACCAAAUGACUAUUUUGAAUCAAUGGGAUCGUUGAAAAAAGUAUGGUUGAAUCAAAACAAAUUCAGUGGUAAAAUUCCAGAUUCGUUGAUGCAAUUACAGAAUCUCGUGGAAUUACAUUUAGAAGGGAAUCGAUUUUCCGGGAAAAUCCCGUCGUUAAAAUACCCAAAUGUUAUGAAAUCACUUGAUUUAAAAGGUAAUAAACUCGAUGGCAAAAUCCCAGAAAGUUUUUCGAAAUUUAAUGCUUCUGUAUUUGAAGGUAACAAUGAACUUUGUGGGAAACCAUUAGAGAAACAUUGUGAUACAGCUGAUUCAAGAAAAGUUCAACAAGAAAAUGAAAAACAAGAAGAACCAGAUUCACCACCACCAUCAUCAUCACAAUCAAAUGCCACGGUGGUUAUCUCCGCCGUGACACUGGUGGUGGUGGUGUUUUUCGUGGUGGUCGCCAUUAUUUCAACGAAUCGUGAAGAUGAGUUAACGAACCACCAUAGUUCUAGUAGGGAACCAUUAAGGCAAGGUAACAACUUACCUGAGUCAACUAGGCAAAAGCCAUUGGAAUCGAGCCGAAAGAGUGGUCCUGAAGGGAAAAUCAAACGUGGGUCGUCACAAAAAGGGAAUAAAAAUGGGAUGGCUGAUUUGGUAGUGGUGAAUGAAGAAAAGGGUAGUUUUGGGUUACAAGAUUUGAUGAAAGCGGCGGCGGAAGUGUUGGGGAGCGGUGGAUUGGGGUCGGCUUAUAAGGCGGUGAUGGGGAAUGGAGUGGCGGUGGUGGUGAAAAGGAUGAGGGAGAUGAAUAGGUUAGGGAAAGAUGGAUUUGAAACUGAAAUGCAAAGAUUUGGGGCUCUUAAACAUCCUAAUGUGUUGACGCCAUUAGCGUACCAUUUUAGAAGAGAAGAGAAGCUUAUUGUUUCACAGUACAUGCCUUCUGGUAGCUUGUUAUACGCUUUGCAUGGUGAUCGAGGGGUGUUUCAUGCAAAAUUAAACUGGUCCAAUCGUUUGAAAAUCAUAAAGGGAAUAGCUCAAGGACUUGGUUACAUUCACACACAAUUAAAAAUCUACGACGUCCCCCAUGGUAACCUUAAAGCCAGUAAUGUCCUUUUAACCGAAACCUACGAACCCAUGCUAAGUGAUUAUGGUUUCUACUCUUUGAUUGAUUCCGACAAAGUCACCCAAGUGUUAUUUGCUUAUAAGUCCCCCGAAUAUCUUCAAUCCCAAAAAAUUUCCCCCAAAUCCGACAUCUAUUGUCUCGGCAUCGUCCUCCUCGAAAUCGUCACGGGCAAGUUCCCUUCACAAUACUUAAACACUUGUAAUGGCGGGAUCGAUAUUGUGCAAUGGGCGCAAUCAUCAAUAUCUGAGGACCGUGUUGAAGAACUGGUCGAUCCUGAGAUAUUGUCCACUUCUUCGGAUUCAAUUAAUCAAGUGGUGAGUAUCAUUCGAAUUGGAGUUGCUUGUGUUGAAAGCAAUCCCGAUCAACGGUUAACCAUGAACGAAGUUAUUUGUAAGAUACUAGAAGUUAAUUGA